AUGGCGAGCAGGCAGCCAACCAACCUCGCUUCGCUGCCGCGAUCUCGGACGCCCUCACCUGGACCGGGGAGAUACAGGGGAGCUUUCCUCGAAAUUGGCUACCAGGAUAGCGAGUUUCGUCGUCACGCAUCAAGGUCAUCCGUCGAUAUUUGCCUAGAGCCUAUGCAACGGACGAGUCCUUACACCCCCUCUCGCGGACAUGAUCUGCGCUCUAUCUCUUCCCCUGAAAUUACGUUGCGCGAAGAAAACCGAAGAGGGGAAGACGUGCCUGUCGAAGGGACCGUCGUGCAGAGCAUGCAAACGCUUGCAGUCCCUGCGGCGGGCCCUUCUCGUCCACAUACCCCAGUACCGGGCGAUUCUGCCUCCGUAGUGAGCAUUGUAGUGCAUUCGCCAGAGGUCGGCUACGAUGGGCGCGACAGCGACACUGCCCUUACCGGACAAGCGCUUUCGUACGACAUUGGUGUCAGCAGGACUUCUUCGCCCUCUGCUUCAGAGGUGCAUGUUCCCUUACCGACGAUGCAGAGCUUGGCCGAGCCUUAUCACAAUCCCGCUCGCCCUAACGCGGGCUCCAGGGAACGGAAUAGACCCAGCUUGGAUGACCACGGAAUCUUCCCCAUUGACACACACAGUGUCAACCGAUACGCGAGGAACUUUGUCGUACCAAGCCACAAGUCGGGUUUACAGUUGCCACCAAUGACUAUGGACUACAUCGAUACUCCACUUCCCCUCGGCUGGGAUAGAUAUGUUCAUCCAGAAGGUCCAGUAUAUUACCAUCAUCCCACUGAGAACUUCCUUACGGAUGCCCGCAUAUGUGACCCGGAUGUGUACGAGAAGAUUCAGACGGCGAUGAAGAUCAUCGAGGAGGUCAAGCAUUCUCAUGGUUCCGAAUUCCCGCAGGACGCCGAAAUCGUACUUGAACUUCCAUCUGAAGGGGACGGUAAAGAGUCAUGCUAUUACUACUGCGUGAAUCAUCAAGAGCGUAUAUUGUUCUGGCUUGACGUCAUGGACCUUCACUCGACGAUCGGGCAUGUCCUUGGCGUCGAGAAUAUGUCACACAUCAAGGUUGAGCUCUCGGCCCAUUACUGGACACAUUGGGAGUAUUUCCCUCUCCAGCGUCGCAUAAGCGAGGACCUCCUUCGAGAGCUCCUUGGAAUCAUGAUGCAUAGCGGCGUCGGCAAUAUAGACAUGUUCACCUCUCGGCGGUCUACUUCGCCGUAUACGCACGAGGAGGUCAUGACUAUUAUGGAGUUCGUCAAGAACGUCAACUAUGUUCAGGAAAUCGGGGGUUAUUCUGCCUGCGUCGUUGGAAGAAUGAUGGCCCUGUUUCAUCACAACCGCUUCCUCCACUUCCACGGUCAGCACGCUGCCAGGCUAAACUAUAGCCAGCCACUACACGCGGAGAGUCAGCACCCGCCGACCUUGCUGAUCACCGUCGUAUCCCCGUUGCUGUUCUUCGCGCCAGACAUACAUCUUCGCCAUUUCCGCAUGAUAUGGGUUGAUAAAAUCGUGCACGAGCACGCAUGGAGGAAGUUUGUGGAGAAGAUUCAACAGGAGUGGGACAAGUUCCUCUUACCUUCCACCGUCCUGCUGUCCGUCAACGUGGCUUUCCUCGCGAUUCCGAGCGUCGACCAGACGAACCAGGCGCCGAACUUCAUCAGCAUCGGCGGCAACUCUACGUUCAGCAACCUGUCAAAUUUCGACUUCGAUCUUGCCUCGCCUCAGAGGUCGUGGGCGCAGAUCUUGUCGUAUAUAUCUACGACGGCCUCGAUUGGGACCAUCAUUCUCGGCAUGAUACUGGAUCGCCACUAUCGCCUAAACCACCAUAUGUCUGCUGCUGAUGCCUCUGAUACUCUACAGAAGAGAGCGCAUCCGUUUUACGGACUCGAGGUCCUAUCGAUACUGUAUGCGCUUCCCUACGCGCUGUUGAUGUGGGGGAUGGUCACAUUCGCGGUGUCGUGCUUCCUGCUCUUCUUCGACUCAACGACCGCCCGCACUCGAAUAAUGAUGGGCAUAUUAUCGGCGAUGUGCACGAUCGCCGUAUUCUGGUGCAUCAGCACGACGUGGGACGACCACCAUUCGUGGUCCAAGCAGCUCUCGACCGCGAUCAAGUAUAAGCGCCCCAACGAAGACUAUUACUACUAUGAAAGUGACUCGGAGUCGUCGGUUCAAGCUGCAGGCUCGAACUUCUGGAAGGAUAAAUACGCCGGGAUCGUCAUGCCACGAUUUCUCCGGCUCUUUACCUCCUUCCGGCGAAGAGAGAUGGGGACUGCUGUCUAG